AGCACGGUAGUCGCGGAAGUAGCCUGCGUCAUUUGCAGAGAAAUGAGACCUGCCUGGCGACCGCAAACGGAAAACAAGUCUGGCGUACAAACACUUAGGUGGAGAUGGAUGAUUCUGAGACAUGACCCUGUGAGAUCCCUUUCAAUUCAAACAGUUUUGGCUAAUUUCUGACCUGUCUCAGGUCCAGUUAAAACCGGACUGGUGGAAGAUCUUUUCCGAGGUAUGGGUGCGCUACAGUCCUUACCGGGUAAACCAGAAUACGUUGAUCUGGCGGAAACGACGGGCUUUUCAUUUGAGCAGAUUGGAAUCCUACAUAACAGGUUCAAGCAGUUGAGCCAUAAUGAAGAAACUCUGUUGAGAGAUCACUUCAAUAAAAUCCCAGAUCUAGCAUGCAAUCCUAUCCGUUUGCAGAUCAUAGAGGCCUUCUUUGACAGAAGAAACUUUCGGCAGAACGGUGAGGGUACAGUUGGGGAGAUCGGCUUUAAGGAGUUUCUGAUGGUUAUGUCCCAUUUCAAGCCCCCGUCACUGCACAUGACACAGGAACAGCGUGAGAGCAUCAGGAGGGACAAACUGAGAUUUUUGUUCAACAUGCAUGAUGCAGACAACGACGGGACGAUAACCCUUGAGGAAUACAGACAUGUGGUGGAGGAGCUGUUAUCUUUCAGCGAGGCACUGGAGAAGGACACAGCCAAAAGUAUUGCUGAUGCAGCCAUGUUGGAGGUGGCCAGUAUUUCAAUGGGCCACAUGGAACCUGAUGAAUUCUAUGAGGGAAUCACAUUUGAACAUUUCCUCAAGUUGCUGAAUGGCUUUGAGAUUGAAUCAAAAAUGAACAUUCGCUUUUUGAAUAUGGACACAACAACCUUGUGUAAGUGAAGUUGGUACACUAAACUCUGCAGUGACUUUGGAAAAACUCUGAAGAUGCACAAUUAUGGUUUCACGAUCUGUUUCCAGUUGUGCGCUUGCAUUGAAUGAUAUACCUUACUCAUGUUUGAAUAACUAUGCAAAUUCAAUGAAAACAUGUUUUAUGCAGAUGUAGUAGAAGCAGUUUAUUUGAUUGUAAGCAAUUAUAUGAAAUAAUCCGUCAAAUAACCAUCCUGUUAGUAGUUGGACAAAGCAAUUAUCAAAUAUCCAUGUCUGGAGUAGCAGGAAUUAUGUCUCUAUGCAUGCAAAUAUUAAUGCACGAUGCAUUAAACAUGUCAAUGCCAUAAAUCAAUAACUCUUAAUAAUCAGGGAUAUAAAUGUGUGACUUUAAAAAUAUAUCUGAAUGUUUCUAAUAAUAGCAAUACAAUCAUUUGAAAUGUCUUUUAUUCAUAUAUGCAAAUAUGACACUUGGUGCAUGCUCUGCACAACAUUUGCACAAUAAAAACCCCAUGAAACAGACCUGACUUCAGUUCAGGAUGUGUAUUUCUGAUGAAAAAGGAAAUGGGAGUGCUGCCAUGCAAGAUGAAAUGCUUAAAUGCAUUAUCUGAUCAGUCCUUAUUUAAGAAGGGCAGACUGAUUCCCCUUAGAACGAUACUUUAAAUUUGUUAAAGCACUUAGUCAUAGAUAUAUUUUAUAGUUUGUAUUAAAAGUCUCUCAGGUAUACAAUCUUGAGAGACUGUCAGGAUUGAUGAUGAAAAGUUUUGUCUAACUACCCUUAAACCCUCUCUACUGUAUUCCAACUUAUAAAUGUGCACAAAACAUUUGCAGCCUCAUGUCAGUUUGAAUAACUAUAUCAGAAUUAAAAAAUUUCAAGCUAAACUUAAGUUCUCAAUGCUUAUUUCAUGAGCAAUUAUCAGUCAACUAUUACUCCAAUCUUUUUUGUGAUGUGGUAAAUAUACAAAUUUAUUAGCAACAACUUUGAGAACAGUAAUCUCAGUUGGUAUAGUGAUUACAGUGUAUACCAUAAUGCAAUGACCACAACAACCCCAAUUUGAUUCUGGCUGGGGACCUUUGUCGUCAUCUGCCCGCUUUGUUCCCAUGCUUCCCGUCAAGCUCAUAUGGUCACUAUAAAUAAAAAAGUUUUUUAUCAA